AUGGCGUCAUUGAGACGGGCAUCGAGCCGUCAAACUCUUAACAAAACCCUUCCCGUCUCAUUCAUGGACAGUUCAAGUCCCGAUCCGCUGAUCUACGCAGGUGCCGUGGGAGAACCGCUGCGAAUGCAUUGUUCGGCUGAUGGGAAUCCAUCGCCAGAAAUAGAGUGGCGGUUAGCUGGAACCAACGGGCCAAGCGCCGUACUUAUGAGGAAUGAAUAUUUUAUUCGUGACAAAAUUCACCAAAAUGACUUCGGGAUUUACAUCUGUACAGCCAAGUCAGCCGGAUACCCUUCAGUGUCAAAGAAGAUUAUUUUGGCUAAAAAGUCCGCUCCGAAGAUAAAGCCAACGGAACCGGUGUACGCCGCUAUUGGCUCGCCUGCCAGACUUCCCUGCACAAUAAAUGCUAUUCCUCUUCCACCCCCAGAGGGGUUGCAUUGGUUCAGACGCGAAAUCAUCCUUCGGCCGUCAUCACACCGAAAAUUCUCAACUCAAGAGUUCUUAGGCGGAAUUAUCUAUGUUAUGUCAUUCUCGCAUGUUAUGUCGACGGACUUUGGAUUCUACAACUGUUCUGCUGUAAACGCCUACGGCAGCGAUUGGCAAACUAUAGAACUUCGAAGGGAUGAUGAGCUAUCGAUAGCUUCUCUCAGCGGAAUUAUAGCGGCUCUGGUUGCAGCAGUCUUUUUUGCUCUUCUGCUCUUCUUCUACUGUCGAAGGCGCCAAUAUCCAAAACCAAGUUUAAAAGGUUUCGGACAAGUCGAACUACUAUUUAAUUUUAUCUUUCGAAGUUUCGAUGCCCAGUGCUCAUCAAUACGAAGCUACCACUUGCCAUCUACGACGAUUCGUGGCUCUUCAGAGCACGCUGGCCUGACAGCUCAGUCUCCUUCAUCAAUCGCCUCGACACCCAUCACUGAUCAAUGCCUAUCAGUGCGUCCAUUCUCGCCUGUUUGUAAAUACACCCUAAUUGACGGCAGUGGACAAAAUAUUCCCGUUUGCCCCAAUGUCGUCACUUUUACUGGGCAACCCGGCGACCUUCACUUAACUAGUGAAGGUGGUGCAGCGCUUUGCAUUGCCUCCGACUACCAGCCGAUCCCCAUUACCUAUGUAAAUUUGCCCGCUGCUACGCGCAUGGCGUCGGUCGCCCAGGAGGGGCCCAUUGCCCAACGAGUUGGAGUCGUUCCCGCCACACCAGUUUUACCCGACAGCGACAUCAUUGUGAAUACCCAAGUCACGGAUGUGUAG